AUGGAUCAGGUAAUGGAGUUUGUGGAGCCAAGUUGGCAGUUUGUAAAGGACUCAGUUCUGCUGGUUAAAAGAUGCACCAAGGACAGACGAGAAUUCCAGAAGAUCGCCAUGGCCACAGCGAUAGGAUUUGCUAUCAGGGGAUUCAUUGGCCUCUUCGUGAAACUGAUCCAUAUACCCAUUAAUAACAUUAUUGUGGGUGGCUGA